AUGGAGUCCUUCUCCAUGUUGUGUGAUGUGGCUCGAGAUUAUGAGAUAGAGCAAUCGAGGGUUGAUGAGAAUGACUUGAAGAGGAAGUAUGAGGGAGACAACUCUCGAAACAAGAAGUUUCGACAAGAUGGUGCUUCCGGUAGUAAUGUCAUUAGAAGAAAUGCUCCCUUUUGCAAAACUUGUAAAAGGAAUCAUCAUGGGCCGUAUAGGGAGAAGGCUUGUUUCAAUUGUGGGAAGACGGGUCACAUGAGUCGAGAUUGUAAGGCAAGGCCCCGAAAGCCCGUAUACUGUUUCAAAUGCUUCGAGGAAGGUCACAUGAGAAGUUCGUGCCCCAAGUUGACUGAGGCGGAGAGACUUGAAGAAAAGAGGAAAGAGGCGGAGAGGAAAAAUGCAUUGGCUCACGGAAACCAAAGGGGGAGAUCGUUCCAACUCUCCGUAGAACAAGCCAAGAAUACAGACGAUGUUAUCACAGGUACAUUUCUUAUGUAUAAUGUACCUAUGCGAAUUCUUUUUGAUUCCGGAGCAAAUAGAUCAUUUGUUGCCACUAGGAUGAUUCAUGUCAUUCCCAUAUCUAAGUCAAGUUUAGAUAGUGUAUUACAAGUUGAAGUUGGGAAUGGUAGGACGGAGAUAAAUUCGUUAAGCACUUGCAAUGCCAAAAUUUCAUGUGACGAAAAGGCGAUUUAUUUGAAGACUUCUAAGGGAGAGGACUUGGUGGUAUGUGGAGAUAGAAGUGGGCGUCCUAUAUCCGUUUGCACUUUUGCUCGUGCCCAACGAUAUUUGUCACAUGGAUGUCAUGCUUACCUUGCUCACAUCGUUGAUGUUGAGAAGAAACCCUUGCCUAUUGAAGAUAUUCCUAUAGUUCGCGAUUUUUUCGAUGUUUUUCCCGACGACUUGCCGGGUAUUCCUCCCGAACGGCAAGUUGAGUUUUCUAUUGAUCUUGUUCCGGGGGCUACCCCCAUUGCUAAAGCUCCCUAUUGA